UUCAAACAUAAAUGUACUUAUCAAAGUCUUAACUUUUUUUUUUGCUUUUAAUUACAAAUUUUAAUUAAAGUCAUUGUCUUGGUUAACUAACUUUAUACAUAUUUUAUUUAAGUUUCUUAAAGCUAUUGUUUAAUAUCGCUUAUGGGCGAACUGGCUUCACUUGUUUUCUCUCACUUCAAGAAAUAUCUGACACGGAAGUAACGACAAUAAUGUCAUGAUGGAUUGACUUCAGUUUGAUUUGAGGAUUUUCGAGUAUUAGGAAAGAUAUAUAAAUUGAUGUACAGUUGACCAUACUGCCGUUGAAGAUGGGUAAAACUACCAGGCUGGUUUUGAAAACUUCAAGGUGGACAAAUCUCGUACCAUGUCCACCUCCUUCUACCAAUGUCACGGUUUUUUGCGACCACGUUACAAAAAAAACACAUAAUCUUACCGAAGAUGUGGAAAAGGAAAUCUUUCUGCAUUGUAAAUAUAACAUUACCGAUUGUCAAAGUCAUGGUAAGGCCACGGAAUGGCCAAGGAAAAAUGAAUCCAUGGCCGUCGGUAAAACCGGAAGUGGAUGCGAUCAUGAUUGUGGUGCAGCCAUUGGUACAGUAGUCUGUCUUGCAUUGGUUGCAAUAGUCAUCAUUGUGUCCGUUGUGGCCAAAAGGCGAGGCAUCAGAGGGCGUGACUUGGUGGACAUGGUGAGACAGAGGCGCACAAAGACGCUCACGUACCGUAACGAUGCAUACGAUACAGAGAAAAACGAUAUCCGCGAAAGCUUUAAAGAUGAUGAACCGCAUUCAGCAGACGACCUUACUAAGAAUGAUACGAUUAAGAAAAAAGAAACGGAAGGUGUUGAAAAAGACAUUGGUAACGGUGUAUACAAAUACAUAGAUUCGUCUAGCAUAAGUGGUUCCGAAUCUGAACUGAAAGAAACAGACACUGGCAUAAUACUUCAAAAUUCAUUAGGCGGUUAUACAGGAGAAUGUACUGAUAAAAUGAAAACGAAGGAAAAUGACAAUGAUGAGAAAAGUAUUGAAACUCCUCAAGCGUAUUCCGAAGAAAGUUCAUAUCUUAAUAUCACGAAAGCUGAAGAAAUUUUGAAUUCGAAUGAAGAAGUAAACAUGAAUGGAGAAAGUAUUCUAGAUGGUGCCAAAGAAAAAAAACACGAAGAAUUAAAUACGUUUCUUGAAGCUGAAAUAACUGAAUCCAGAUAUGGAACACAUAGUGCUGACUAUGUUAGUACACAAGAGGAAUUAGAUACCUUCAGUGGAGCUGAAAUAACUGAAUCCAGAGAUGAAACACAUAAUGCUGACUAUGUUAAUACACAAGAGGAAUUAGAUACCUCAAGUGGAGCUGAAAUAACUGAAUCCAGAGAUGAAACACAUAGUGCUGACUAUGUUAAUACGCAAGAGGAAUUAGAUGCCUUAAGUGGAGCUGAAAUGACUGAAUCCAUUGAUGAAACACAUAAUGUUGACAUUGUUAGUACACAAGAGGAAUUAGAUACCUUCAGUGGAGCUGAAAUGACUGAAUCCAGAGAUGAAACAGACAAUGCUAACAACGUUAGUUCAAGUGAAGAGAAAGAGACACAUGAGAAUGAAAGACAGUUUUUGAGAACUGAACAAAUGAAAUUAUGACUCUGAAAACUAAUGGAACUAAAUUUUAGCACAAACGACAAUAUCAAACAAUGUUAUAUACACUCAUACGCGCAGAAUACAGAAGCAGGAAAAAUCAGCUCUCUAUAACUUAUCAAAUAUUGCUCUCACUGAUGCAUCAAUUUUUGACCACUGUGCGCAAGAGUGUAUAUGACCAGUUUGCAUCACCAGUUUCCAUGAAAGAAUGGUUCUAUAUAUGAAAGCAUGAUUUCCUGGAAAUGAGAGUGUGUGUAUAUGUGCAACGUUUACUUGUAAGCAAACUGUGCCUUUUAUUUAUGUCUACGUGUGUAUUGAGCACUGUUGUUGCGGCUGGCUGUUUGUAUCUUGUCAAUAAAGAAUCAUAGACGUAUAUAAAACAAAAAAUAUUGC